AUGUUUAGACGAAUUUCGAAUAUCGAUAAGCUAAAAUAAUAAAUGAAAUUGAACCAAUAAGUUAAAGAACUGUUGCAAAGGGGAGAGAUUGAUAUGGAAAACCCAUUUCAUUUUGAAGUAAUACUGCAUGAAAAUAGAUUAUCAUUGCUAUAUUAUCUAAAGAUGAAAAAUCAAGGAAUUAAAAUGAUUUAAAUGUGCUUGCUUCAGCACUCUCAACUAUAAAAUACUUUCAUGAAAUGAU